GCGGACGGACUAAGGAUAAACACAUCUCAAAUGAAACCUCAUCCCAUUCAGGCUCUCACGUCUCGAACCAGUCUAGUUUACUAGGCCGUCGAUUGUAACGCCGAAGGAGACACAGCCUCCGGGGUCUCAAGGCCGGCGGCAUGGCCCCUGCGGCACCGUCAAACGAUUCCAGCCGCUCGUCUCAGUCUCCGCCAUCUGCGUCUGCCCAGGAGGGUUUCGAGCCCUUCCCACCUCUCACCCGCUCCUCCACCCUCCCGGCCACCCUCCCGACCAAGGGUGAGCUCGUCACUUCGCCGAGGACAACGACGCUUCCUCACCGCCAGGACCGUUCGCACCUCGCGCCGGAAGACGCCAUCUUCGCCUCCCCUCCGCGCCAUCAUCACGAACAUCAACACCCCCGCGGCCUUUUCCCCCUCUCCGACGCCAGCCCCAGCCCCAGCGCCAACGCCAACGCCAACGCCAACGGCGAUGUGACCGACAGUGGCCUCCCCUCGGCCGACGACAGCCACAGCCGACCCCGCCGUCAUGCCCGGAGCCGGGGCCGACAGCAGCACCGCCACGCGGCUAAGCGCCGGUGGAAGAAGCUUCUCUGGGUGAAGCAGUCCUACCCGGACAACUACACCGACCAGGCCACCUUCCUCGAGAACCUGCAGCGGAACCCCCGCCUGCAGCCGUACGAUUUCUGGCCCCUGGUCGCCGACUCCGCCGUCAUCGUCCAGCACGUCUGCUCCGUGAUCAUCUUUGUGGUCUGCUUCGUCGGCAUCUUCCAGGAGCGCGUGUCUCCCGUGGCCGUGGUGUCCUGGAGCAGCCUCGCGACUUUUCUCGGUUGGCUUCUCUGGGAACGUUGGGAUGCUGACGAAACGGACUCGGCUGUUGCCUCUGCUGCCCCCUAUUCCUCUUCUUUUUCUUCUCCGCCCACCAACGGAGACUCGGGCAUCAUGAGUAGUAUCGGGGCGAACGGCGGAAUGGAAAGCAACGGGACGAGGGCCGGCCUCUCUCUACCGCCCCCUCCUCCUCCUCCUCCUCCUGCUCUCCCUCCCCACCACCGAAGCUCUUCAGCACGGGUUUCCUCGUCAGGACUUUCCACUGCCGCCUACCCCGCUCUGCCCUCGCCCCGACCCGCCACCCUCUCCCCUUCUCCCGUGCCUCCGAAUCCGCGCCGGCUCCGCGCCCACUCGUACUCGAUCCCGCCCCGCUCCCACCCGGCCACCAGCCGGACCCACGAACGGCUAGGCACCAUCAAAUCCGCCAUGCUCAUCUGGUCGACGCUGCUCGGCCUCUCCCCGAUCCUCAAAUCGCUCACGCGGUCGACGUCGUCCGACUCCAUCUGGGCCAUGUCCUUCUGGCUCCUGGCCGUCAACAUCUUCUCCUUCGACUACUCCACCGCGCGGUCCGCCUCGGCCCGCGUGCCGGCCUCGCUGUCGACCAACGCCGCCCUGAUGGCCUCGACCGUGCUGGCCUCCCGCCUGCCCUCCACCGGCCAGGUCUUCUCCCUGACCCUCUUCUCCAUCGAGGUCUUCGGGCUCUUCCCCGUGUUUCGGCGCUACGCCCGCCACCGCUCCUGGUCGUACCACUACGCCAUGACCGCUCUCCUCGUCCUCGGUGCCGGCGCCGGCGUGGGCAUUAUUCUGGGCGACCACCACCACCGCGGUUCCGGUUCCGGUUCCGGUCAUGGUCCUGGUCCUGGUCGUGGUCCUGGUCCCCUGUUCUUGUGGAAGAACGCCCUCGUCGGCAUGGUGGUUGGCGCACUCGCGUCCGCUUUGGCCGUUGGGGGGUGUAGUUGGUGGCUUAUCGGCUUGCAGAAGUACAAGAAUGAGAUUUAUGGGCCCUGGGACCCGGCCCGGCCGAUUAUUAUGAGUCGUCGGCAGUGGGAUUGAGGAGUGUGGUGUUGGGCCUGUAAUCAACUUGACAUAAUUAGAUGGGUGUUUUACUUUGACCCUUUGGUCUGGAACCUAGAAGAAUGGUAAUCAAGGCGAAUCCCCUUGCGAAUGGAUGAUAGUAUAUCACGUGCAUUCAAGACAUGUAUGGUGCGUGUUACUGGAUAAAUACCUUAGGGAGACUCGGUCGGAUCUCCGGUGAGAAGAACCCCGUGAUGUGCCCCACAGAGCCGAUCACGUCACUUAUACCCCG